UGCGCACUCCGUCUCUCUCACCCCUCCGCACCGUCCCUUUUUGCUGCGGCCGGAAGCACGUGACCUCUCCUUCCGCCCCAGCCUCAUCCCUUCCCCAAGAUGGCGGCGCCGUGCGCGCUCUGAUUGUACAGCGCUUCAUUGAGGCCUCGACGCGCCGCCGCCGCCUCCUCCGUUCACUUCCGGCGGCCGCUGAGAGACGGGAGCGGAAACGGCGGCCAUGGGGCGGGGGGCUGCGACGGGCGGGGACGGAGGAGGCCGGAUCUGGGAGUGAGGACCCCCCCAACCUCCCCAAGGCAGCGACGCAGGGAUCAGCCGGCAAUGGAGGAUAAACGUAACAUCCCCAUCAUCGAAUGGGAGCACCUGGACAAGCGGCGUUUCUACGUGCUGGGCAUCUGUAUGACCAUGAUGAUCCGUGUCAGCGUUUACCCCUUCACCCUCAUCCGCACGAGGCUGCAGGUGCAGAAAGGGAAGAGUUUAUACAGCGGGACGUUGGAUGCCUUCAUUAAGAUCCUGCGCACUGAAGGGGCGGCUGGGUUGUAUCGUGGGUUCCUGGUCAACACGUUCACGCUGAUCUCAGGGCAGUGCUACGUCACCACGUAUGAGCUGACACGGAAAUACGUGGCGCGUUACAGCAGCAACAACGCCCUCAAGUCGCUGGUGGCCGGUGGCUGCGCGUCGCUGGUGGCUCAGAGCAUCACGGUGCCCAUCGACGUGGUGUCACAGCACCUGAUGAUGCAGAGGAAGGGGGAGAGCAUGGGCAGGUUCACGGUGCGCGGCCGCGACGGGCGGAGGGUGCUGAUGUUCGGCCAGACCAGGGACAUCAUCGUGCAGAUCUUCAAGGCCGAUGGACUGAGGGGUUUCUAUCGCGGUUACGUGGCCUCGCUGCUCACCUACAUCCCCAACAGCGCCGUCUGGUGGCCGUUCUACCACUUCUACGCCGAGCAGCUCUCCAGCCUGACCCCCAAGGACUGUCCCCAUCUCCUCCUUCAGGCCAUUUCGGGGCCUCUCGCUGCCGCCACGGCCUCCACGCUCACCAACCCCAUGGACGUCAUCAGGGCCCGUGUUCAGGUGGAAGGGAAGAGCUCCAUCGUGCUGACGUUCAAGCAGCUGAUGGCGGAGGAGGGGCCGUGGGGGCUGACCAAGGGUCUGUCUGCCCGCAUCAUCUCGGCCACCCCCACCACCAUCGUCAUCGUGGUGGGAUACGAGACGCUCAAGAAGCUCAGUCUGCGCCCGGAGCUCAUGGACUCGCGCCACUGGUAGGGGCUCAGUUGGGGGGUCACCGACCUGCAGCCCCCCCCCCCAUCUGCCUUUAUUGGACCCACCGGCACCGGGUGGACUUGGACCAGCACCGCCCCAUUGUCCCGCCCGGUUCCGAUCCCGGUUCCUGUCCCGGUUCUGCUCUGGGUUCUCCCGGUUCCUGUCCCGGUUCUUGUCCCGGUUCUCCCGGUUCUCCUCGUGGCCGCACGGUGCCGUUCCGCUCAUUGAGCGGCCGCUCCCGGCCCAAAUUGAGGCCGAUCCUGCACUUUACGGACCGAGACGCUGCAGCCCGUGGGGGUCAAUGGGGUCAAUGGACGCACUUGACGUAGUGGCCGCAAUUGACGUAACGGACGCUAUUGACGUAGCGGCCGCACUUGACGCCCCGCCCACCGUAGCGGCGCAGCCAAUAAACGCGCUCCGCUCUCGUU